CAGAAGACACGUUUAAAUUUUUAGAAAUUGUGCAAGGAGAAGAUAUCCUUUGGAAUAUUAAAUCCAAUGGAUACAAAAAUGUUAAAGAACGAUCAAAAUUGUGGAGCGAAAUCGGGUCCAAAUUUAAUCUUUCUGGGGAUGAAGCAUACAAAUAUUUUAGGAAACUACGGGAGAAAUACAUAUAGACGAGAAACAAAUAAAGAUAAAUUACAAGAACGAAGCGGAUCUUCUCAAACAAAACCAUCGAACUGGAUUUUUAAAAAGCAUUUAGACUUUUUAAGCGAUGCUUUUAAGUCAAGAAGUGUUAAUAGUUCCUUAGAAUGGGACAACAAAGAAUUUAACUUUGAAUACUUAGAAGAUUGUGUUCCAGAGAUUUUUGAUUUAACGCAAAACUCAUCGGAUGCCUCUAGUACAACAAAAUCAAUUGAAAUGCCUAAAUUAAUAUUAAAAUCGCCGCCGAAAAAGAAAUUGACCCAGGAGAAAAAUUUUGAAGAAAUCAUAAAUACGAACACGCAGCAACUUAUUCAAGCAUUAAAUGAAAGUGAAGAUAAAAACCCAUUUGAUGGAGUAAUUGAAUUUAUUAAAGAAACUCUCAAACAACAAAGUGAAAGCACUCGAAUCCUGUUAAAAAAAGAACUAAUGGAAGUAACUCUUAAAUAUAGAUAUAACACAUAAUUUAUUUCAGAUUUAUCAUAAAACUUCAUAUAAAAUCGUUAAUAUACAGUAUAUACAUAUUAUGUAUUACAAAAUUAUUAUUGUUUCUAUUUUAUAAUGGAAGUAUUAGCUGCAUUGUGACAUUGUAACUUUGUAACUAACUAACUAACUAACUAACUAACUAACUAACUAACUAACUUACUAACUAACUAACUAACUAACUAACUAACUUACUAAUUCAAAACAGAUUUUAUUUCAUUAUUUCCUAAUUUUGAAAAGAGUUAAUAUAACUACACAGUUCAUCUCUUAAAUUUAGAGCAUAACUUGUUGAGUUAUUAAAAGUGUUUGACACAGUACAA